AUGGUCAAUCGGCCACUGACACGUGAGAUGGCUCUCUGGCCUGACGACCCCAGACUCCAAAUCGUAUCUGGUGUCGAUCUAGUCAAAGGAACGCAGGAGGAGCUGGAGGAGCAAAUCAAAGAGAAGGUCAAAGACGUCGAGACUGUGACACAAGUGUACUUCUACUCAUACAAGCAGAUCGAUGACCCCGACUCCGAGUGCAAGACCAAUGAAGCCAUGCUCGAGCGUGCCGUGACUGCGAUCGAUCAUCUUUCAUCCAAAUUGUCAUACGUACUUCUUCCUACGGGCACCAAAAUCUACGGCUGCCAGAUGCUCGACAAGUUUCCAUUUGCGGAUGCGCUACCACUCAAGGAGACAUUGCCACCGAUUCCUGAGCCAUACCUCUCACAGCUUUUCUACUACAACCAGAUUGAUUGCUUGAAACGCAUCUCCAAAGGAAAGAACUGGAGUUGGUGUGAGGUCCGACCAGACAACAUCAUUGGAUUCGUACCAAAUAACAACGCAUACUGCCUCGCGCAAACGCUUGCCUUGUAUCUUUCGCUCUAUCAAUCCAUUGAGGGCGAAGGCGCAAAAUGCCCGUUCCCUGGUACUGAGAAAUCGUGGGUGAACAAGUACAAUGAGUCUCCGCAAGACAUGGUCGCGCACUUCUCUAUCCAUGCGUCUUUGAACCCAGAGAAAACUGCAUCACAGAGCUUUAACGUGGGUGGUCAAGAAGACAGCUGGAGCGGCAAGUGGCCGAUAAUCUGUGAUUACUUUGGUCUAAAGGGUACUGGACCUGAAGAGGGCUCACCUCAGCCUGGAGCGUACAUUGACGCGCACAAGAAGGAGUGGGAGGAGCUAGAGAAGAAGCACAACCUCAAGAAGGGCAGCGUAGAUAGCGAUAUCACGCAUCCGGGAUUCCAGUACUUUAUCAUGACGAUGUUUGAUUUCGACCGCCAGAUGAGUAUGGAGGCUUCACACAAGGUUGGAUAUACAGAGGAAAUAGCAACUAAGGAAACAUGGACGACUGCGUUUGAUCGCAUGAGGAAAGCGAAGGUUAUACCAUGA